AUGUCGCCAACCACCAAAUACCCGUACAUGCGGACAACGACGCUGUGGAGCCAGGCCACAACCCACGAUGUGGACUUCUUCAAUAAAUACCGGACGGUCACCGACUUCGAGCAGCUCGUCAAAGGCGCCAGGGAAGCCGCCAAGCGCAAUCCCGAGCUCAACGAAGAGUGGUUCAACGACACUACCAUCUUGUUCAUCCCGAAAGACCAGCGGCAGACCCUCACGGAGGAGGCCUUCGCACAACAGGAGGUCAUCUUCAAGGAGAGGGGCCUGACACUGCUCGCAGCACCCUGGCAGUACGCCUUCUGCUGCAAGGCGGACCACCUCGCUGGCGGCGGCCUCAGUCUCGCGUGGGAUUAA